AUGUAUUUGAUUGGCGGGUGGAUCGUCUUCUUGACCUUGGUCUGUAAUGUCUUUCGUGUGGUACAAAGCCACGCUUACUUGGCAGAUCCGCCGAGCCGAAACCUUGUGAGGGCGCAAGCAGGGACAGAAGACUGCCCGCAUUGCUUGAACUCCAACGGUCCAGACAACGUCGCCAAGCUGGGCAACAACGUUUGGCCUACGCACCUGGCUCCAGAGUCGCAUGGCCUCUGCGGUGAUCCGGUACAAGGCCAUUCCCAACCUCUCAGCCUUCAAGACGAGGAGUACCUGGUGCCAUCGGCCGCGCAAAGGACAUACACGGCCGGGAGCGUUGUGGAGUUCCGCGUGGUGGUCUCGACCCAUCACACAGGCCACUACGAGUUCAGACUCUGCAACAGGGUCCUUGACACAACGCUCCAGUCCAGUCGCGAGGGCCAGGAUUGCCUGGACAAGGUCAUUCUGCAGCGCGCAGCACCUGCGAAUGAUUGUGUCGUAAACGACCCUCGAGGAGAUUGUCAGCCCAUCGACUCAGAGAAUCCUGGGCGUUGGUACCUUCCUCCUCGCGGGGCGAAUCCGCCUGCAGGGGCCUCCUGGGCCUCCGGCCUCCCGUCUGUGACCGAGGUCCACACCAUGAAGUAUGUCAUUCCCGCAGACUUCUCUUGCCAGAAGUGUACGUUGCAGUGGUACUAUGCUACUGCCAACAGCUGUCUUCCUGACAACUCCUACAGGACAUACUUCAACGGACUCCAGAGCUUGGGCUGGAACUCUGCCAGCUGGAGUGCAUGGGCUGUUGCGAGCUGGGCGACUUGUGACGCUGCCUGCUGUGGCCCCGAAGGGCGAGGAACCUUCGGCGAGGAGUUCUGGAAUUGUGCCGACAUCGUAGUCCUGGAAGGGAACGGGCCUGUUCCGUCGACAUCUCCUUCGCCUUCUCCAUCCCCUGUGUCAACUAGUCAGGUUGCGACCACGACCACAACCAUUCCCACUGGACCAUGCUCAGCAGUAUAUGAACAAUGCGGUGGCAACAACCACAACGGUCCAAAGUGCUGUCAAUCAGGCUCAUAUUGCAAGUUUUCAAACGAGUGGUACUCGCAGUGCCUCCCUGGUACGGAUCCCACGCCUCCAACGCCGACCCCUACUCCACCAACACCAGUGACGACAGCAGCACCAGUCACGACGUCCGUUGUCACGACAAGCAGACCUAGCCAGUGCUCCUGUGCGUCCAGUACCUCCUGGGAAGGAUCCUUUGAUCAGUUUGCUGCUUCUCUUGGAGGAAAUACUGAUUUCUGUGGCCAGAACUUCGGCGGUUCUGGGCCAUAUAUUUCCGCAGGAGGUGGCUCUGAUGGCGGCGGUGGCUGGAGUGGGAACGCACCCUGUGUGUCUGGACAGUACAGCUUCAGCGAAGAUGGCUGGAAGAUCACUGCUUCUGCCAGUCAAGCCGCAGGCAAGGUGCCGUACCGGGCCUUCACCUACUUGAACUUCUGCGGUGGCAGCGCAUACGGGAGCUGCUGGUCCAGUGCUGUCAACGUGUUCUCGUUCGCCUUUAAGACAUCUGGAGCAAGGGACAUGGGUGCUUUCGUGAAGCUCUUCUUCUGGACGGAUGCUGGGAACAUCCUGGGCCUGGUGCCCCCCGGGCACAGCAAAGGCGCUGGCAAGCUUCGCCUCGUCUCCUUCAUGUCCGACGACUACCCGAACAACUGGCAGGACGAAGUGGAGGUGGAGGAUGGCGUCUGGUACCAUGUCACGGUUACCUUCGAGCCUGCGACCAGGGCCGUCGAGUUGAAGCUGCAGGGUUCCGACUUCAGCAGUGGGACCAUCCCUGUGGACAUGCUUGCGGUCUCGAACGGGCCCCAGCUGGGUAUCUACUCCUUCGACUACUCUGGAUCAUGGCCAAGCGAUGGUUUCGCCCUGUGGAUAAAUCACCCCUGUGUGGGAGAAGCCAGAUGCACUUCGAGUACCGUCACCAGCACCAUGACACCGAGCACAACUCAGGGCACCACUCCUGCCGGCUGCUCCCUGCCGAGUGGUAUGCAAGCAGGCAUCCCCGUGGAUCGCCGUGGCUUCGCGUUCCAGCACGGCAAGCUCACGCUCUCCGGUCCUCAGCUGGUCAAUCUGAGAGGUGAUUCUUUGCAACUGAAGGGCAUGUCAACUCACGGACUGCAUUGGUUUCCGGACUGUUACGAGAAGAGCAUGCUGGAGCACCUGGUCUCCAGCUGGGGCAUCACCGUGUUCAGAGCGGCCAUGUACAUCGGUGAGGGUGGAUAUGCCUCGGACAACUCAGUCGCACAGCUGGUGGACGAGAUCGUUGCCUGGGGUGAGGAGUUCGGAGUCUACAUCAUCAUUGACUGGCAUGUCUUGACGCCCGGAGAUCCGAACCACUGGCUGACCGGUGCGGGUGCAUCUCAAGCAGAUGCUGCAGCUUACUGGCGCGAGACAGCCCUGAAGUACAAGAGCAAGACCCACGUUCUUUAUGAGAUCUGCAACGAGCCCAAUGGUGUCGACUGGCCCACCGUCAAGACGUAUGCCGACAGCAUCAUCUCUGUGAUCCGCGAGGUCGAUCCGGAGACAAUCAUCAUCGUUGGCACGCCGACCUGGAGUCAGGAUAUCGACAAAGCUGCAGCAAACCCCGUCCAGAUGCCCUAUAAUGUCAUGUAUGCCUUCCACUUCUAUGCUGGGACGCACAGCUUUCUCCUUCCGCGCUUGCGCCAGUAUGCUUCGCAGAUUCCCAUCUUCGCCACGGAGUGGGGUACCAGUCAGGCGAACGGGGACGGCGGGCCCUACCUGCAGCAAGCCAAGGAGUUCCUCGAUCUUUUCGGCAGCGGAGAGCUCGGGGUCACGGUGAGUUGGGCCCAGUGGAGCCUGGCAGACAAGUCGGAGGUCUCGGCGGCUCUGAGCAGUGGAAGCUGUGGAUCUGACAGCUGGGACGGCGUGUCCUGCUCGGGCUUCUUUGUCCGAUCUUAUUUGAGAAUGCAUGCAGAAGAUCCUACCACAACUGGUCCUCCGCCGACCUCCACCGUCACCGCAAAGCCCACCACUCAUCCCGUCACAACAACCACCACUCCGAUGGGCACAACAACGUCUGCGACUGUGGUCCUAACAACUACCCAGACCCUGGUGGUAACGAUGGGUCCUCCCAUUGUGCGGGAUAUGCCUGCCGAAUGUGGCGGGUGGUGCCAGUAUAACGACAAUGAAUGGGCAGCCAAGUGUAUGUGGAUUGGUUGCAGCUUGUGCGCAGCAUGCGGAAGCGUCACAACGACUCCUGGGGCCACGACGAUGACGUCAUCAUCGACCGUGGUCACCAGCACCGCGAGCACAACCAGGGUUGUCAGCACAAACGAGCCGACGACGACAACGCUGGCAACUACGGCUGCUCCGGUCACAACCACAACCACCACCACGGCCGCAACGACUUCCCCCAGUGGCCCCUGUGCAGCACUGUAUGGCCAGUGUGGCGGCAAGAAUCACGCUGGACCAACCUGCUGUGAAUCUGGAUCCACUUGCACUUUCGGCAAUGACUACUACUCACAGUGCCUCCCUGGAUCCUCCCCUUCUCCAACACCUGCUCCAACACCUGCUCCGACACCUUCCCCCACACCUUCCCCCACACCAUCACCUCCCUCUCCUCCCGGUCCCGUGGGCAGCAACCCCUUCGAGGGACACCCCUGGUACCGGAACCCAUCGUACAGGGACUUGCUGUCCACGUCGAUCAAUCUGACGAGUGGUGGGGUGCGGGCGACCUUGGAGUCCAUGCAGAACGUGCCCUCGGCCUUCUGGAUUGACGUGAAGUCCAAGAUCUAUAAGGGACAAGGCCACCCGGAUCACAGCACGGUGGAAGGGAUUCUGGAAGAUGCCGCAAGCUGCUCACCUCCUAGCCUUGUGGUGCUCAUCGUUUACGACCUUCCCAAUAGAGAUUGCUUUGCGCUAGCUUCCAAUGGAGAGAUCUGCUGCCACUAUGGUGAGGACAAGGGCCGAACAAAGUGCGACAUGUCUACUUCGGGACCGAAUGCUGGCUUCUACCGGGAGGUAGCCGGAGCCAACUGCGCAGAUGGCCUCGCUGAGUACAAGUCGACUUACAUCGACCCUUUUGCAGAGGUCGUCGGACGCUUUGCCGACAGGGUGCCCGUGGUUCUGGUGAUUGAACCUGACUCUUUGCCCAACCUGGUCACCAACAUGAAGGACAAGAGGCCUGACAACUUCCGUGGCUGUCACGACGAGACGAAGGUGGCUUAUGAGGAAGGUAUCCGCUACGCCGUCGAGAAGCUCUCCGCGACAGGGGCACAGCUGUACGUGGAUGCCGGGCACGGGGGUUGGCUGGGAUGGGCCAACAGCAACGAUGACCAAACCGGAAAGUUCGCCAACAUCAUCGCCAACAUGCAGAUUGCUGACAAGGUUCGUGGCUUCGCUACGAACGUUGCAAAUUACCAGCCCUUGGGGAGCGUGGUCUGCUCGGAGCCAGGUAAGUGCAAGGGCCAGAUGAGCAGCGACCCGUGUUGUGCCGAUGACCCUUGCAACCUGCAAAAGGAUUGGAACUGGGCGCACAACGAACUGAACUAUGUGGAUGUCCUGGACUACAAGAUGCGAGCCGCUAUUCCCGGCUUCACCCCAUCCUUCAUCAUCGACACUGGCCGCAACGGCAAGCCGAACACCCGCAGCGAUUGUGGCAACUGGUGCAAUGCGAGAGGUGCGGGUAUAGGUCGCGUUCCAACGACAGCAACCCCAGAUUCCCGAAUCGAUGCAUACUUCUGGCUGAAGACUCCCGGCGAAUCUGAUGGCUGCACGGAGAUUCUUCCAGAUGGUACGAAUUGCCCUCGGUUUGAUGAGAUGUGUGCGUCCGUAGACUCGUUGGGCAGCAGGAAUGGAGAACCGCGCGCUCCUGAGGCAGGUCUCUGGUACCACUAUCAGAUCGCGAUGCUGGCAGAGAAUGCCGACAUGGGUGAUGCCUCUGCCUUUAGUGUUGGAGGUAGCUGUGGAAGCGUCACAGGUCCCUCCCCUUCUCCAACGCCGCCUCCUCCAACGCCUGCUCCAACGCCUGCCCCAACACCUGCUCCGACACCUUCCCCCACACCUUCCCCCGCACCAUCACCGCCCUCUCCUCCCGGGCCCGUGGGCAGCAACCCCUUCGAGGGACACCCCUGGUACGUGAACCCAUCGUACAGGGACUUGCUGUCCACGUCGAUCAAUCUGACGAGUGGUGGGGUGCGGGCGACCUUGGAGUCCAUGCAGAACGUGCCCUCGGCCUUCUGGAUUGACGUGAAGUCCAAGAUCUAUAAGGGACAAGGCCACCCGGAUCACAGCACGGUGGAAGGGAUUCUGGAAGAUGCCGCAAGCUGCUCACCUCCUAGCCUUGUGGUGCUCAUCGUUUACGACCUUCCCAAUAGAGAUUGCUUUGCGCUAGCUUCCAAUGGAGAGAUCUGCUGCCACUAUGGUGAGGACAAGGGCCGAACAAAGUGCGACAUGUCUACUUCGGGACCGAAUGCUGGCUUCUACCGGGAGGUAGCCGGAGCCAACUGCGCAGAUGGCCUCGCUGAGUACAAGUCGACUUACAUCGACCCUUUUGCAGAGGUCGUCGGACGCUUUGCCGACAGGGUGCCCGUGGUUCUGGUGAUUGAACCUGACUCUUUGCCCAACCUGGUCACCAACAUGAAGGACAAGAGGCCUGACAACUUCCGUGGCUGUCACGACGAGACGAAGGUGGCUUAUGAGGAAGGUAUCCGCUACGCCGUCGAGAAGCUCUCCGCGACAGGGGCACAGCUGUACGUGGAUGCCGGGCACGGGGGUUGGCUGGGAUGGGCCAACAGCAACGAUGACCAAACCGGAAAGUUCGCCAACAUCAUCGCCAACAUGCAGAUUGCUGACAAGGUUCGUGGCUUCGCUACGAACGUUGCAAAUUACCAGCCCUUGGGGAGCGUGGUCUGCUCGGAGCCAGGUAAGUGCAAGGGCCAGAUGAGCAGCGACCCGUGUUGUGCCGAUGACCCUUGCAACCUGCAAAAGGAUUGGAACUGGGCGCACAACGAACUGAACUAUGUGGAUGUCCUGGACUACAAGAUGCGAGCCGCUAUUCCCGGCUUCACCCCAUCCUUCAUCAUCGACACUGGCCGCAACGGCAAGCCGAACACCCGCAGCGAUUGUGGCAACUGGUGCAAUGCGAGAGGUGCGGGUAUAGGUCGCGUUCCAACGACAGCAACCCCAGAUUCCCGAAUCGAUGCAUACUUCUGGCUGAAGACUCCCGGCGAAUCUGAUGGCUGCACGGAGAUUCUUCCAGAUGGUACGAAUUGCCCUCGGUUUGAUGAGAUGUGUGCGUCCGUAGACUCGUUGGGCAGCAGGAAUGGAGAACCGCGCGCUCCUGAGGCAGGUCUCUGGUACCACUAUCAGAUCGCGAUGCUGGCAGAGAAUGCCGACAUGGGUGAUGCCUCUGCCUUUAGUGUUGCAGGCAGCUGUGGAAGCGUCACAGGCUCUCCGCAAGUGACGAUUCUGACCGAUGCAUCUGUACGAAGUUCGGGGCUAGCGGCUCGACUUGGCUGGCGCACUUCAAGUUCGCAUGCUCUGAACCAGGGUGUCACAAUGCUGGCGCUGAAUACCCGCCAUGCACGAAUGUUGCUUAUAACAGACAACACGACGGAGGGUUUCGAGGGCAAGGACGGCGGUGUGGAUCGCGCAUGCCGUGGUGGAAGCAGAACCGACAAUGCGCCAAGCAACUACGAGAUUCACGCUGCGGCCACUUUGGAUGAGUGCAAGGCGGUCUGCAUGUCAGUCGAGGGAUGCAAGGGCAUUGAGUACAGCAGUGGCCGGUGUGAAGUCUGGACACGCGCGGGUGGCAUCCAAGCUACUAUCGAGCUUGCCGGCUUCAGCUGCUACACGUACGGAGAGAUGGCAGUGGAUGAUGGGUUCACUCCUGCCGACGGUGGCGUUGAUCGCGCAUGCCGAGGUGGAAGCAGAACCGACAAUUCUCCCAACAAUUACGAAAUUCACGCUGCUGGCAGUCUGGACGAAUGCAAGGCGAUCUGCAUAUCGAUAGAGAGCUGCAAAGGCAUUGAGUACAGUCCAGGUCGAUGCGAGGUGUGGACACGGCCCGGCGGUAUCCAGGCAACCAUUGAGCUUGCUGGCUUCAGCUGCCACCUUUACGAAGGAAUGGCAGUAAGGGGGGAGUUUUCGCCUGCGGACGGCGGUGUGGAUCGCGCAUGCCGUGGUGGAAGCAGAACCGACAAUGCGCCAAGCAACUACGAGAUUCACGCUGCGGCCACUUUGGAUGAGUGCAAGGCGGUCUGCAUGUCAGUCGAGGGAUGCAAGGGCAUUGAGUACAGCAGUGGCCGGUGUGAAGUCUGGACACGCGCGGGUGGCAUCCAAGCUACUAUCGAGCUUGCCGGCUUCAGCUGCUACACGUACAGACCAAACCCUACAGCGAUGGCAAAGUGUGUUGAGAUGAGUGACAUGUCCGCAGCCGUGUCGGUCUCCACGAUUCCGCUACCUUCUCCACGGCAUAACCACUGCUCCAGCUUCGGCGUUGCAUUGUCAUGCCGUCAUGUGCACUAUGCUGCUUCUGCGGGCAAGGAUUUGCAGGCCUUGCUUUACAAUGAUGAUUCAGGGAAACCUUACCUGCUGCUGGUGGAGGGAGAUACCGUCCUUGCCUCUCAACCACUUGCGACUUCGCCUUUGGAGGUGCGAGGCCUGGACUUCGAACCUUCCGGUGACUAUCUCGUGGUUCUCCUCUCCGGUGGCAGUACAUAUGACAGCCCCAGCUUGUUCAAGAAAUUCUCGGUGCCUGGCCUCCAGGAGGUCUGGAGUGCACAGAUUCGCGAUCCUCAGGUCGGGCUGGAGAGGUGGACUCCGGACGCGGCCCAGUCCCUCGCCGUGUCUUCCAGCCGCUACAUCCAGCAUUCGGCCGGUGAGUGCAGGUCGGGGUGGUGCUCUGGACAUCAAGGUGGGAUGACAGUGGUCGUUGAUGCGAGUGGCCAGCAGCGCUCAUAUUCUGGCGAUGCCUGGACCUCGCAUUCGUGCAAGCAGAUGGCAGCCUACAGCGCCGUCUCCGACACGUUCCUGCUUGCAACUGCCGGGGAUGCGUAUCCCGACAAGUUGGUCUUCUCAACCCUCAAGGACGACGCCUUGUCGCAGACAGCCAGCUUCCAGAGCUGGGGUGACGGGGCAGGCUCCCAGGGAGUCAGCGGGGGCGCGAUCAAGGCCGAUCUGCUCGGUGGAUUUGGAGCUGUCUGGACAUACGGAGAGAAGGGUGGACUUUCCGAUAAGCUCUACUUCGCCACCUUCUCUGCCAACGGAAGUUUUCUGACUGGUCCUCGGCGCCUUUUUGACGACUCUGGUUCGGAGAUCGGGGGCAACCUGGUACCACUCGCAGAUGGCAACUGGCUCGUGGCGUACACCAAGUCAGACUCGGAUGUCAUCUCUGACUACUUGAGGACUCUCUGGGAUGACUGGCACCUGCCGGAGGACCUGCGACUGGAAGGAGGUCGUUUGGCCGUGGUAAGUGGCGAGGGACUUGUCCUCAAGGACGGCAUCAAGCUGAGUCCAGAGGCCAGCAUCCCCAUUGAGAUCAAUCACAUGGUGGCGCGACCGGACGGUUUCAGUUGGGCCUCAGUGGAUGCAAGUGGCCAGACUUUGCGCAUCGCUCACCUCAAGUGCUCUUAG